AUGAGUUUCCUGCAAUCAUCAGCUGGACGAGGACGCCGCGCGCGCCUUCGCGCCAACGCCAAGAAGCGGCUGCUGCGCAAGGCGGGACUGUACGACGACCCCAACCGCGCCCGCAAGGAGCGGAAGCUCGAGAUGACGUACCUCCAACGCAAGGUGGAGCAGCUGCAGCUGGAGCUCAAGACGCUGCAGGCGCAGCACCCGCAGAGGCACAGGCGGCAGGAGGAGAACAGGCAGCAGCGAGCGCUGGUGACGAAGCAGGUUAAUGCAGAGGUGUCGAGCGCGUGGAAGGAAGUGGCGAGUCGACAGAGAGAGCAGAGGGACAAGGCCAAGAAGGAGAACGUCCGGCUCAGGCUCAUUAUGGAGCGACAGCACAAGCUGGCCGAGGCGCUGGAGACGCUCGUGCAGGCGCGGAUCAAGCAGCAGAUGGCCGAGUUCUCAGCCUUGCCGAGCCCCAUGAUGGGAAGGUGUUUCACCGGACGGACGCUGAACUUCCGAGCCGACAUCAACGACUUCAGAGGGCUGUUAGGAGAGCUGGAGAAAGCUCGCCGUGAGGUGGAUGCGGUGUUCGCUGCGAACAGGUUGAGCACGACCGAGUCGAGUCACCAUGGCGUGCAAUUGCGGUCGAGCAAGGGAGUCAAGGGGAUGCACCUGGAAGUGUUCGCCAACAAGGCGAUGCCGUUCAACGUGCGAGACACUGCAGAGGCGACGUGGGACCACUUCAAGGGCAUGAAGAAGCACGGCGGUAAUGGGAAUUUGUACGACAAAGCUGCUAAGGUGAGGCGAGAUAGGAACCAGGACUUAGCUGGGAAGAACCGUGGUCUGACGCUGUACUUGUGCUGCGAGCAGAGUCUUGAUACGCCGUACACGAUCAUCGAGGACUACGCUAAGGAACUGUUCGCAAACACUGCGCGUGCCGAUGUGCGCGUGAAGCAGAUCGUGCGGCGCUACGUGGAAGCUAACCGUGAGAUCGUCAUCCUCGUAGCCAGCGUCUCUCCUGUCUCGAUUGCACACAAGCUGCUGGCUGGGCUCACCUUCAACUACCGGUGCUACGCGCUGAUCAAGUGUGCUGCCGCCGCCACGAAGGACCACGACUUGUCGCUCUUGCAGCUGUGCACGCUGGCGUCGCUGGACGACAAAGUCCAGACGUACGAUCCCGCCUACAUGCGCGCUCUCAGCAACUUUGUGCUAGGCAACACAGCCGGCAAUAUCAAGGCUGACCAGGAGCUCAUCGAGAAUCUGCUGGUGGGGCAAGCUCUGAAUCAGCGCGCGCAACCAGCUUGCUAG